AUGGGCUGCGCAACCUCGAAUCCAGAGCCAGAGCCAGCUUCUACCCCCUCCAGCUUUCAAGAACCCAAGAGCCCAAUUUUCGAUUUGGGUACCUAUGACGGGAGAAUUCACAACAAUAAGUCCCACCCUGACGAUAAGGCAUCAGCAUUCUACGGCAAAGGCAAUACCGAUAUUUCAAUUGCGGAGGGCCCCAUGUGGAUGGACAAGUUUGAUAAACGAUGA